CAGUCCCACACCAGCUGGUGUAGCAGAUCAACGUACCUCUGCUGUCUCUCCAUCUGCUGCUGCUACCACCUGUCUCUCCUUCAAGAUGGUACCAAACUCCCGCAAGACCUGUCCUCUGCCUACCAUCUCUCUCUCGACAAAACUUUUAAUGGUCUUGUUUAGGCACGUACGUUAGUUAGUGUACCUGUACGUGUACGUGAGUGUUAUCGUCGUUCAGUACCAUACCUGUACUGUACUGCCGUCCACCAACACCACCACCACCACCACCACCAUCACCACCACCACCACAGCUGUUUAUCACCACCACCACCAUAGCUCUCCACCACCGUAGACCAGAAGCACAGCCGUUCUUGGCCACUCCCGGCAUCCUUGGCCAUCUCUGGCGUCCUUGGCCACCCAGACAUCCUUGGCCACCCCGGCGUUGUUGGCCACCCCGGGGUUCUAGGCCACCAGAGCCGUGCUGCAACACAGCUAGUGGCCACCUGGCCACACAGCAACAGCAAUGACUGUCCAGUACACUGACUUAGUGGCAAGUCAAGGAGGUUUUUUCAAACUCCUCAUCAGGUGGCGAGGGAGCGUCUACAAGACUGUGUGGCAGGACAUAGUAGUUUAUCUCAUAUUCUUCUACGUUAUCUCCUUCAUCUACCGCUUCGCUCUCAACGACUCUGAACGAAGAUUGUUUGAGAAAGUAGUGAUAAGCUUCACUCGCUACCGGACACUCAUCCCUGUGUCGUUCGUGCUGGGUUUCUACGUAGCUCUGGUGGUCAGUCGCUGGUGGGAUAUAUACCGCAGUAUGCCAUGGCCUGACACACUGGCUAUACUCGCCUCCACAUAUAUACCAGGCUCGAACAGGGGAUCACGGACUGUAAGGAAUAGUGUUCUUCGUUACAUCAACCUCGGUAUUGCUAUCACUUUCGCCACUGUCUCUCCCGUCGUCAAGGACAAACUCUCCACCAUCCAGGACCUCAGACGUGAAGGCUACGUAACAGAUAAAGAAAUGCAGAUACUACGUCGUCUGGAUGAGCAGACUGACCAACACAAGGCCUGGGUACCCAUCAUGUGGGCCACCAAGACACUUCAACAGGCCAGGCAGGACGGUCUCAUCGCUUCAGACAUUGCACUACAAACCCUCGUCGAAGAAAUUCUCAGCCUGAGACUGAAGUGUGGGAGCCUCCUGGGUUAUUAUGGCAACAACAUUCCUCUCGUCUACACACAGGUGGUGACCAUAGCAGUGUACGCUUACUUCACCUUCUCACUGCUGGGUGAGCAGUUCCUGGACACCACCAAGGGUUACGACGGUCAACUGGUCGACUUCUACGUCCCCAUCUUCGCUCUGCUGCAACUCUUCUUCUACUUGGGUUGGCUCAAGGUGGCCGAGGCUCUACUCAAUCCCUUCGGCGAUGAUGACCACGACUUCGAGUUUCUCUCAUAUUUGGAAAGAAACAUUAAAAUGUCGAAGUUGCUGUGUGAUGCCAUGCCCAGCGACCUUCCCCCGGAUAUGGAGGAAGCAGAGAACAUCGCCAGCGGAAAAGUGUUCGUUGUGAAGGGCGUGUCGACCAACCGAUCCUCAGGGAACGACAACAUGGCAGCCAAAGAUCGCUUCAAAAAUUCUCUUAUCUAAUGAAACUUACCAAAGACCUGAUAUACAGUUAUUUUUAUCAUUAUAGUAUAGUGAAAUAUAGACGAAUAUUUGGUGUUGAUGCCAAAAUGAGAAAAAAUAGUGAUACUGUGGCCAUUAAUCCAUUAAUAAGAGAAGCCAAGAGACACAUAGUGAUAUGUAGCUGGUGACGCCGAGAUUAGUCUUCAGUGUAACUCAACAGCACCUCCACACUCACACUUUGUUAAUAUCUAGAAUAUAUAUCUCUUAGUGCAAAUACUGUACUGUUAAGCAAAAGGACACAAGUGCAACUAAUGCGAUAUAUUGUUGGUAAUACUAUCAACGUUAAUACAAAUACAUAGUGUUUACUCUGUAUUUUAGAUGUACGAGGGAAAUGUUAAUGGCCGUCGUGCUCCCUAUACACUUUACAACCAACAAACUAAAUCUAUCAAGGAAAUGUUGUGUCUCCUUGAUACUGGAAAUAAAUUAUAUUUAUAUUAAAUUAUAUUAUUAUAAUAAGUAUAAGUUUAGUUGACGAAUAAAAGAUAAAUGCAUCUUAGGAUCGAUACCAAAUAAGUAAUACGAGUAGUAGACUAUAUUGUUACAUUAAAUGUAAUUUUAGGUGACUAAUGAGAGAUAAACAUCUCAGGAUCGAUACCAAAUAAGCAACACGACUGGUAGACUUGUUCUUAUAUAUAUAUAUGAAUACUGUUUUAAAUCACAGGCAGUCUAUUGUGGUGUACAGGACGUGUGUCACAGGUAUCUCGUGUCAUAUAUAUUUAAAAAGAUUCAUGUAAACACUUUUUAGGUUUGUUCCAGAGAUCCCUCAUUCUGUGCAAUUUUUUUCUAUUAUUUCGUGAUUUUGCAAAAUUUUUACUCAGUACACUCGCUUUGUGAUACACACACUACACACUUUGUAAUGACUGUCUGCAGACUGGCUACACACAGUUUAUAAUAACAGAAACAAUCUUACGACUACACACACUGUGAUACCAAACUGGCGAGGCUGGACCUUGUUUUCGCCCACAACUAGACCAACAUAGAGAAAACUGAUAAUACAGCACACCUCACAGCGGUCGAUCACCUUAUGUUGACACUUUGCUUCCUGGUAGACACUGAAACCAAAGAACAGAUGAAGAAUUACAGAAUCCAAGAGAUUUGUGCACAGGAAAUGUGACUAGCAAGGAAUGAGGUAUUUUAAGGUGUACGAACUGGACAUUGUACAUACAAGAAGUGAAGAAACUCUGUAAACACAGGUUCACAGGUGACAAGAAACGUCUUAGUAAACUAAGGAACACAGUUCACAGUUCCUUUACCUCGUCUGUUCUUCACCAGAAACAUGGAGAAGUACGAAGAGUACCUAACGCCAUGGAACAGAGAAGCUGCCAGGGAAGUCACAAACAAUUAUCCUCGCAUGAAAGGAAGUGGAUAACACUUUGCAACAGACAUUGCAACGAAGUCAACAACGGAAUCAAAACUACAUUUUGAGCCAUGUGAGAAUAAGAGAAAUAAAGGAUCAAGCAUAAACACAAAGAAGGCGGAACACUGAAAGGAAAUGCAAGAGACAGAGUCAGUAAGGGUAGUGGGCAGCGCUGACGGUAAAAUAUAAUUGAAAUCGAUAUAAUAAAGCUAUUGCUGACAAAAGAGUCAAAGAAGUCUGCGUUAAAGAUGGGAGUAUCAGCGAGAAGGUGAGGUAAAGUAAGUGCGUCAGGUCGGUGACGACGUCUGAGGUAUUGUGCGUGCCACCUGAUAGACAGGACAGUCUGUUAAGAGAUAGUGAAAUAACAACGGAACUUGGUACUUCUCACAGAGUAGCGCUGAGCGUUUUUCCAUGAGAUACCUGUGAGUGAGACGUGAGUGUCCGAUAUGUAGGCGGGAGAGUGUAGUCCUCCAGACAUGACUGUGAUGAUAAGAAGACCAGAAACUCAAUCAAGGAAUAGAAAGAGAGGCAGACUGCAUGUUUCUAAACAGCAAGAAUACUUUUAAUACAGUGACACAUGGAAAACUACUUAGCAAACUGGAGAGAAAACAGGUUAACUAGAGAGGUAUUAGAAUGGAACAGGGAAAAAAAAACUUUAGAAAACAAAGUCACUAUAAGGAAUUGUGUCUUGUGUCGAGUAUGUUACACUUCAUUCGACGUUCAAUACAACCAUAGACACGCCCUCUCCGCCACCCAACUGAUAAUUUAGAGUAUAGCAGUUCUGGGGCCCCACUACUGUAUUAAUUGUCCAGUUUAACCCACCAAUCAGGAGAGAGCCUGCUCUGUAGCCAAGUUGACAUCACACUUGCCUGCCUGGCUGUGAGGAAGACACUAGCUUACUCUGGUUGAAUCCACUCCUGGUCUGAGUGGCUCUCUCCUCUGUCUUAUUAUUUAUGCUGCUAACUUAAUAACUGUGUAAAUAUUGUACAUAGUGAUGAAGGAAUAUACGGUUACAGAAAAGACAACUCCUGCUGUGUCUGCCUAGUCCUUGCCAGGUAUGCUCCAGGUCUUGCCCGGUUCCUUCCGGUAUUGCUGACUGUGGUUAAGGUCAGGUGCAACGGACCAUGAAUUGCUACCUGUGUUCGUAAUAGGAAUGAAAUAUUAUAGUAGCUGCUUAUAGAAGUUCACUUCUACAUAAAUUUCUUUGCAAAUGAUGCCAAAACAAUGAGGAGAAUAUAAACUAGAGAAUGUGAAAGAAGGUUGUUGAAAGUAAUGGACAGUCUACAGCAGUGGUCGAAAAAUUGGUUAUUACGAUUUAAUCGGAGGAUAAUGAAGGAGACAGGAGAGAGAACACUCCCUAGGAAGAAAAACUGGCCGUGGAAAUAGAUAAAGAAAAUUCCUUGGAAUAACCAAGGCCUAUCUUCCCUGACAACAUCGAGAGGUUCGCCUAAAUACUUUACCGAAGAGUGACUCCCAUACUGGAUCACGUAGCGCCAUUGUGGACGUCAGACGAGGGCUCCAUAACACACUUCUAAGUACUCAAGAAGACACAGGAGAACAUUAAGACUGAUGCCUGAGAUAUGAACAGAUACUGCGAGAAUAAGACACAAAUCCUAUGGAGCACAGUCAGGCUAGAUUCUGAACAGAUACAACGAGACAAGGGAGAGUGAACAUGACUCAACAUAACGUACCCAAAGUAACCAGAGGAAUAUUAGGUAAUACGUAGUUAACAUGUUGUGGGAGCAGCAGAAUAAUGUAACAAUAACAUUGAGAGAGUAAACUCCCUUCAGGGGUUAAAGGCUAGGUACGACUGUUGUUGUAAUUCAAGCUGUGCGACGUUAGAGGGAGAACCAAGAGAUACAACUCAACCCUUUCCUCCUGAAGAGUCGAAAAGGUUCAGUAACUACAAAGGAAAAAUAUUUGAUUUAAACUCUACAAAAGUCUGUUUUUAAAUUAUUAACAAAUUAUUUCUUGUGAUAAUUCCCUAUAAUUUCAGCUCUGAUUAUUCAGUUCUGAUUAUUCUAUGUUUUGUUAAUAUCUGGCUACAUGGUAUUUGGUAGGAGAGGGAGGGAGGUGCCUGCUGAUGCCUGAGACGCUUGUCCACUCAGGCAACACUCGCUGUCUACCACACAUGUAGCUGACAGUGGUAAUAAACUGUGACUAUCA